AAAUUUCCAAAUCCAAUGGCUGGAAAAGUCAUGAACAAUUCUGGAAUCCAUUUGCGGGGGUUAGCCACGUGGCAACUGCUUCUAUGGAGGAGGAACAGUGGGAAGAAAACGAAACUCAAAAAGAUCGAGAGUCGGCCUUGCCGUCGAUGUAUUUGCCGACAAUCAAUCAUAACGUAACGUCUUUGUCCUUACCGCCGGAGUCCGAUUCCGAACCAACAUUGUCGAAGCGUUUCUCUUUCCUCUCUUUUAAACAGAAAUAAAACUUCUUUAUCUUUCUGGUUCUUCUCUUCUUUACAUAUUUCUGUUUCUUUUAUUUCGUUAUUAUUUUCUCUUUAGAGGUUCUUCCGUGUAUUUUUUUUGUUGAACGGAAGAGAUCAUGAUCGUAAUCAAGCUUAGAUUUGCUCUGAACUAGAUCGUAAUUUGGUAUUUGGGCUAAUUUUCUGUUUUCUUGAGGUUUAUUAAUCCGGGUCUUCUCUGAUUUUGAUGUUGAGAUCCUGAAUCUUGUGGGGUAAGGGAUGGSUGAGCAACAAGUGGUUGUUGUUCAGAGCACUGAAGGUGGUGAUAAAGAGAAGAGGAAGAAGCGUCGAAAUCGACGUUCCAAAGAGAAUGUUGAUGUUUCAGGAGUGAUUGACAGUUCACUUAGUGGAAUGCUUGGCAAAACAUCUAGAUUGGAAGAAGGUAGCACCUCAAGUUACAUAGCUUUGUCCAUGAGUGCAUCCUCAUCACAGAAAUACCAGUCGGAUGUCCAUGCAUUGAAAAAUAAUAGACCAUCCAGGGUAUCAAAUGUUUCUUUCUGUUCUUUUCUGACGAUGCAUACCCGUGAUAAGGAAUUGAUGGUUGAUGGGGGUAGUAUGCAAGAUGCUUAUUUCUUUCCAUCUGAUUCAAGAGUAACAAUGUAUUCUAAAUCAUGUCCAGAGCAACUAUGUCAUCAAGAGGCAAAUGGAUCAAUUGUAAAUAAAGUAAAUUUUCCUCUCCGGAACCCUAAAUGUUAUGCUGUUAUGCAGAGAAAGUAUUUUGAUCCUCACUGGUCAGCUGAGACUGUUAAUGAAGCCAUAGAGAGAGGUGAUGUGGUUAGAGCAUCAUUCCAUGUGAAUGCUUAUAAUCGGGUUGAGGCAUACUGCACCAUUGACGGCGUACCAAUAGAUGUGCUCAUUAGUGGAGCUGUGGCUCAAAAUAGAGCUGUUGAAGGAGAUGUUGUGGCAGUUCAGUUGGACCCUUUGCCAUUUUGGACCAGGCUCAAAGGGUCAGCUGGCCAUUUCAAUGAAUCUACCCCAAUGAAUGAUUGUAAUGUACUCCCUGGAGACAUGGAUAUUCUUGGUAAUAACCACAAAGGGAAGGAUAAACUAGAUAUUGAGUCUGAAGAUGCUGAUAGUGGAAGUAGUCUUCCCCUUACUGGGAAGGAAUUUCAUAAUUUGGACAGAGCCUUUGCUAGCGAAGCUGUUGAUGCAGAGCUGAGAGUCGAACCUAUAAGUUAUUGUUGUGGGUCAAAUGCAUGUCAUUCCUCUAUUAUUGACCUUUCAAGUACAGUUUGUUCCUUUGACAAGAGUGAACCUUUAAAUUCAGUAGGAAAGUUAUGUGCCAUGAUAAAUUCUUUCCCAUCAAAGCGACCAACUGGUAGGGUAGUAGCUGUCAUUGAAAAAUCUCCUCGGCGUAACACUGUUGUUGGUUUUCUUGGUGUUAAAAAGUGGCUUUCCUAUAGGGAAGGGCAUAAAAAGGAAAACAAGAAAAACAGGAAUUCUAUAUCAUUCUCUGGUUGGGAAUACAUCCAGUUGAUACCCACUGAUCCAAAAUUUCCUAAAAUGACAGUUUCUGUUAUAAGCUUGCCAAUUGGCAUGAAGACACGACUGGAGAAGGGUGAUCCAACAGUUGAGAUGGAGUUAGUGGCUGCAAGAAUUGAUAAUUGGAAGGAAGAAAGUACUCUGCCAGAAGCCCAUGUCAUGUAUAUUCUUGGACGGGGUGGAGAAAUUGAAUCAAAUAUUGCCGCUAUUUUGUUCCAAUAUGCAAUUCCUGGUGCUGAAUUCUCAUCUGAAUCUCUAUCCUGCCUUCCCAAAACCCCAUGGGAGGUGCCUGUGGAGGAAAUAGAAAGAAGAAAAGAUCUCAGAAAUCUCUGUAUAUUUACUAUUGAUCCUUUUACUGCCAUUGAUCUUGAUGAUGCUUUAUCAGUUGAAAGGGUGUCUGUUGACAUUUUCAGAGUUGGUGUCCACAUUGCAGAUGUGUCAUAUUUUGUUUUGCCAGACACAUCUUUGGACAUGGAAGCUCAAAUUCGGUCUACUAGUGUCUACCUUUUGCAGCAUAAGCUACCUUUGUUGCCCUCACUACUUUCAGAGAACUUGGGUUCACUUAUUCCUGGGGUGGAUAGACUUGCAUUCUCUAUUUUCUGGGACAUCAAUCUUGCUGGGGAAACAGUGGAUCGCUGGAUAGGUCGUACUGUUAUCCGCUCAUGUUGUAAGAUGUCCUAUGAGCAUGCUCAGGAUAUCAUUAAUGGAUUAGUAGAUGUUGAGAGUCCUAAUGACUUCAGAAAUGGGUGUCCAGAAUUGCUUGGGCAGUUUCAGUGGUGUGAUGUCAUCAGGUCUAUCAAAAGCCUCCAUGARAUUUCCAAGAUUUUGAAAGAGAACAGGUUCAAAGGUGGGGCACUGCAUUUGGAGAGUCCCAAGCUGGUUUUCUUGUUUGAUGAAUGUGGAAUACCUUAUGACAGUAUGCUAUGCGAGCGGAAGGGUUCGAACUUUCUCGUGGAGGAGUUCAUGCUCCUGGCUAACAGGACAGUUGCAGAAGUCAUAUCUAGAGCUUUUCCAAGUUGUGCAUUAUUGCGUAGGCAUCCAGAACCUAAUUCACGGAAGCUAAGAGAUUUUGAGUCAUUUUGUAGAAAGCGUGGUUUAGAAUUAGAUGCUUCUUCCUCCGGCCAGCUUCACCAUUCACUGGAAAAGAUCAGAGAAAAGCUCAAUAAUGACCCUACAUUGUUUGAUAUUCUCAUCUCAUAUGCUUCAAAGCCAAUGCAGUUGGCUGCGUACUUUUGUAGUGGAGAAUUAAAAGACAGGGAGAAUGAAUGGUCUCAUUAUUCAUUGGCUGUUUCUCUCUAUACGCAUUUUACAUCACCAUUGCGUAGAUAUCCUGAUAUUGUGGUUCAUCGAACAUUGGGUGCUGUUAUAGAAGCUCAAGAUAUGUACCUGAAGGGACAAAAGACACUGCUUAAAUCAAUUAAGCAGGAGGCAGUUGCAAGGAAUUAUUUCACCAAUAUCUAUUUUGAUAAAAAUGCUAUAGAGUCCAAAGAAGGCCAGGAAGCAUUAUUAGCUGCAGCAUUGAAGUAUGGAGUUCCCUCUACAGAAGUACUUUCAGAUGUUGCUGCUCAUUGCAAUGAGAGAAAAGUAUCUAGUAGGAAUGCUGAAGAUGCUGCUGACAAACUGUACAUGUGGGUUCUGCUGAAAAGGAAAGAUGCUUUUUUAUCGGAAGCUAGAGUUUUGGGUCUGGGACCCAAGUUCAUGUCAAUCUAUAUUCAUAAACUUGCAAUUGAGCGAAGGAUAUAUUAUGAUGAAGUCGAGGGAUUGACUGUAGAGUGGCUUGAGAUGACAUCUGCAUUAGUGAUUGAUUUAUGUACAAGUAAGCGCUCUCAGAACAGAGGUAGCCCUGGUAAAUGCCGAGCACUUGAAGAUGUUGCUUGGAUUAUUAGCUCAUGUGACCUGAAGCCAGAAUGGGAGGCGUUUGGAGAUGUUAAUUAUGAGGGUGGCGCAACCCAGGAAGGAGUUGUUUCUGUGCCAUCCAAAGAUUCUGAGCCUGUCAUUUCAGGUGGUAGUGAAAUUGGUCCUGCUGUUUUUCCUCUGACAGUGCGGCUCCUUUCAACUAUCCCUGUUGUUCUCCAUGCAAUUGGGGGGGAUGAUGAACCACUUGAUAUAGGAGCAAGGUUGUACAUGAGCUCGUAUCUUAAGUGAACCAAUUAUUGGAAUUAGCAUCAGUUGGGUUUGAUGGAGUAUAAUAGGGGGAGUUCGAUGGGUAGAUUGGACAUGGAUAAGUGCCAAUGUAGAUACUAAGUUAAAUGUAUAGUUCAAAUUGAGUAAUAUCCCAAGCUCCAAAUGGAUAAAUAUGGUGUGAAUAAUUGACACUGAAGAUGGAGAUAAUGGUGGUUGUGUAG